GCCCUGCUGGAGUCGGCCCGCUCCACCCAGAUGAAACAGGCCCUGCUGGAGUCGUCCCGCUCCACCCAGAAGAAACAGGCCCUGCUGGAGUCGUCCCGCUCCACCCAGAAGAAACAGGCCCUGCUGGAGUCAUCCCUCUCCACCCAGAAGAAACAGGCCCUGCUGGAGUCGUCCCGCUCCACCCAGAAGAAACAGGCCCUGCUGGAGUCAUCCCGCUCCACCCAGAAGAAACAGGCCCUGCUGGAGUCGUCCCGCUCCACCCAGAAGAAACAGGCCCUGCUGGUGUCGUUUGUAGGUGACCAAAUACAUAUUUUCCACCAUAAUUUGCAAAUAAAUUCAUUAGAAAUCCUACAGUGUGAUUUUCUGGAUUUUUUUUCUCAUUUUGUCUGUCAUAGUAGAAGUGUACCUAUGAUGAAAGUUACAGGCCUCUCUCAUCUUUUUAAGUGGGAGAACUUGCACAAUUGGUGGCUGACUAAGAAACAGGCCCUGCUGGUCGUCCCGUUCCACCCAGAAGAAACAGGCCCUGCUGGAGUCGUCCCGCUCCACCCAGAAGAAACAAGCCCUGCUGGAGUCAUCCUUCUCCACCCAGAAGAAACAGGCCCUGCUGGAGUCAUCCCGCUCCACCCAGAAGAAACAGGCCCUGCUGGAGUCAUCCCGUUCCACCCAGAAGAAACAGGCCCUGCUUCAGUCGUCCCGCUCCACCCAGAAGAAACAGGCCCUGAUGGUGUCGUCCCGCUCCACCCAGAAGAAACAAGCCCUGCUGGAGUCGGCCCGCUCCACCCAGAUGAAACAGGCCCUGCUGGAGUCGUCCCGCUCCACCCAGAAGAAACAGGCCCUGCUGGAGUCGUCGUGCUCCACCCAGAAGAAACAGGCCCUGCUGGAGUCAUCCCUCUCCACCCAGAAGAAACAGGCCCUGCUGGAGUCGUCCCGCUCCACCCAGAAGAAACAGGCCCUGCUGGAGUCAUCCCGCUCCACCCAGAAGAAACAGGCCCUGCUGGAGUCAUCCCGUUCCACCCAGAAGAAACAGGCCCUGCUGGUGUCGUUUUGGGAGAACUUGCACAAUUGGUGGCUGACUAAGAAACAGGCCCUGCUGGUCGUCCCGUUCCACCCAGAAGAAACAGGCCCUGCUGGAGUCGUCCCGCUCCACCCAGAAGAAACAAGCCCUGCUGGAGUCAUCCUUCUCCACCCAGAAGAAACAGG